AUGGGUCUCUGGGGGCACACAGAAUUAAUGCCGGAACAACUCCCCUUUGGCCACAUGCUAAUUGGCUCAGGGACAUGUACGGCGAUUCCUUCUCCAAAUAUCACCUUCAUCAUUUUGCAUGUUCCUCAUCAGUCACAUCAACCAACAUCCACCCAACUCACCACCACAGCUAUUCCCUACUGCAACUGGCACACUUCCAAAGUCUUUCCAGAAAGUUCAAGGGCUCCAUGCAUUCAUUUUGACCCUCAAAAAAAUGGGAGUUUGGGGAAAGCACACGAGCAACACUGGGACACAAUAACAGCCAGACACAUGGCACACACAAAGGCUGAAGACCCUUUUGUCCUCCAUGACCAUGAGUACGGACAUGAACUGGAGCACAAACACUGCACUGAAUAA